CCCAUGACACUUUUAAAUUUUCAAAAAAAUAUUUUAAAACAUUUUCCAAAUUGUACGUGACUGAUCAGUAUUUAAAAUUCUUCAUGGACCUAACUAUUUCAUCACCUAUUUCAUCAUGUGCAACAGACCCACACAGAAAUAUAGCGAAAACACCUACCUUGGCCUCGAUCUGGGCAGCCAAAAACUGAAGGCUGUAAUCCUGAACUCGAAGCUGGAGAUCAUAUUUUCAACCCAAGUACAUUUUGACGUUGAUUUUCCGGAGUAUGGGACCACAGGUGGUGCCAAGCAGGGCGACAAUCCAGACGAGUAUCUGGUAAAUCCCACUAUGUGGGUAAAGGCACUGCAUGUUGUCUUCAGUACGCUCCAUUCGCAAGGCGCCGAUUUGCACAGUGUAGCCGCCAUUAGUGGCUCGGCGCAACAACAUGGCUCGGUCUUUUGGUCAGAAGAUGGUUUCAAGCGCCUGUGCGGCCUCAAUUGUCUAUUCAAGCUGCACGAGCAACUCAAUGAGUACGCCUUCAGUGUACUGCAGUCGCCCAUGUGGAUGGAUGGGUCCACAGGACAACAGUGCUCGGAAAUGGAACGAACAAUUGGUGGUGCUCUUGAAAUGUCUGCCAUUACCGGCUCCAAGUGCUAUGCACGCUUUACAGGCCCACAAAUCAGAAAGAUCUAUCAGACCCAACCGGAAAAAUAUGAAAACACGGUUCGCAUAUCACUUGUGAGCAGCUUUCUCACAUCUGUCCUGCUGGGCACUGUGGCCGCCAUCGACUUUUCCGAUGGCUCCGGAAUGAAUCUGCUAGAUAUACGUAAGAAGAAGUGGUCCAGUGAAUGUUUGGAUGCCUGUGCGCCUGAUCUGGCGCGACGCUUGAUGAAACCCAUCGCACCCAAUCGGCUGCAAGGUCGCGUGGCCAAGUAUUUUGUGGAGCGUUGGAACUUCAGGCCCGAUUGCAUGGUCCUCAGCUGUACUGGCGACAAUCCCUCUUCCCUGGCCGGCAUGCUGCUGGAGAAGAACAGUCUUAUAUUGUCGCUAGGCACUAGCGAUACCAUAAUUAUGCAUCUGAAGCAUGCGCCCAAGCUGGAAGAGGGCCAUGUACUCUGUCAUCCCACAAUUGUGGAUGAGUACAUGGGUUUGCUUUGCUUCCGGAAUGGCUCGCUGGUGCGCCAGACCGUCUGUCAAGAAGUAGCCAAUGGAAGCUGGAAUACUUUCAAUCAUAUGUUGGAAACCACUCCAAUGGGCAACUACGGAAACAUUGCGGUGCAUUUUCAUGACAGGGAAAUCAUUCCACUGGCAAAAGGGAUAUUGAAGUGGAAUAAAGACACCGAUCCGUCAUCGAAGCAGUCACGGUUGGGCUUGAAGCAAUUCGAGGAGCCAGCCUGGGAGGCGCGUGCUGUGGUCGAAGGUCAAAUGAUGCACCAUCGCAUUAUUGCCUCCGAAAUGGGUUUCCAUUUUGACUCUGAUACCAAAAUCAUAGUUAUCGGUGGCGCAUCGAAAAAUCGUCAUAUACUGCAAAUUGUCGCCGAUGUUUUCAAUGCCUCUGUCUACGAGACAUCCAAUGCUGAGAUGGCGCUCUUGGGCGCUGCUUACAGAGCACGAUAUGCAUUCUACGAGUAUCGUGAAGCCAAUUGCAGCUGCCGCCGUUGCAAGAUGCCAAAAGGCCGGCGUCCCAAGCUAAGCUAUACCGAGUUUUUCCGGCAGGCGCUGCCCAAUACGCUCAAGUUGGUGGCCAGUCCGACACCUGGCUGCGAGGUCUACGAACCACUUCUGCCAAGGUACGAGAAAAUGACCUAUAUUCUUGCUGCGCGCACAGCAUUUUCGGAUUAUCAGAUUGUAACAGCUUCAUAAUAAAUUGGAAGUUGGCGUUUUAAAAAAAUCUAA